UACUGAUUUCAAGACAUGUUUUGGACAAAAUAUUUCACUGGCUUGUUUUGUCUGGAUGUCCAAGGUUGGAUUAUGGCCGUUUUUUGUGGAAUAUUUUCAUCUGUGACUAGUUUUGAACCUUCAAAGGUGUGUGAGGACGUGGACCUGCUGCCCGAGGACAUGGACCUUCUGUCUGAGCUGCUGUCCCGCCUGGAGGCUGCCGACCGUCGGGAGCUGCAGCAGCAGUACAGCAUGGUGCGUUCACGGUCCGUGGCGUUAAAGAGAGAACUGAGUCUGAGCAGUGAAGUCGGAGCUCUGAAGGAGAACAUCAAGAAGAACCGCUACAAAGACAUCCUGCCCUAUGACCAGUCUCGGGUCGUUUUAUCUCUGCUGACAUCAGACUCGGACUCUGAUUACAUCAACGCCAGCUUCAUCCAGGGGGCGUCCUCAUCCUCCUCCUACAUCGCCUGUCAGGGUCCUCUCAGCUCCACUGUGACUGAUUUCUGGAGGAUGAUCUGGCAGCAUGAAGUAAAGGUGAUAGUCAUGGCCUGCAGGGAGGUGGAGAUGGGGAAGAAAAAGUGUGAACGUUACUGGACUGAAGCUCAUCAGUCGACUUCAUUCGGACCUUUUACCGUCACAAACUUGGAGGAAACUCGACCAAAUGAAGACGUGGUGAUCAGAGAACUGACGGUUUCUUACCUGCAGAUGACCCGUUCUCUGAUCCAGUAUCAGUUCUUAUCAUGGCCGGAUCACGACGUUCCCUAUGAGACUUCUGGAGUUCUGGACCUGCUGGACCGAGCCAGGACCAGGCAGGGGACACACAACUCCCCGCUGCUGGUACACUGCAGUGCCGGCUGUGGGAGGACUGGAGUCAUCUGUGCUAUCGACUACAUCCAUGACCUGCUGGUUACCAAGCAGCUGACGGCAGACUUCAGCAUCAUGGACGUUGUGCUGUUGCUCCGCAGACAGAGACCAUUAGCUGUUCAGACGAAGGAACAAUAUCUGUUCAUCUUCACUGCCGUCAUCUCCAUGUUCAAGAACUUCCUGCAGCCGUCGGCUUCUGAGCUCUACUCCAACAUCUCACAGCCGAAGAAACCAAAGAAGAAAAACUCAACGACAGCUUCUUCCUCCGACAGACGAUCAAAGCAGGUUGAGAUGAACGACACGUACGCUGUGGUCAACAAGCCUCGGCAGCCCCUCCCACCGCCAUCUGACCCCGCCUACUCCGUGGUCAACAAGCCCCAGUCCAGCAGGAUGAUGCCGGCCUCCCAUCACUAUGACAACGAACCCUCCGGAGCCCCAGCAGCUCCCAUCUACAGCACCGUCAAACCACGAGCUAACCCUCACAGCUUCCCCAGGUCGACCACGCCCAUCUAUGACAUCGCAGCGCCGUCCAGUCAGAGGCCCAGUGAAGGGCGGGACUAUCAGCUGGUGUCAGCUGAACAUCAUUCCCCGUCUGAUAACGACUACGAAGAUGUCUCCUCUUCAGUCUCAGACGUGACCAGUUUCUGCUCACCUGGAAGUAUCGAGUUUAACUGUCGCGUUCAGAAGCCCAGAGGACCCAGAGAUCCUCCGGCUGAGUGGAGCCGACUGGAGAGAUGAACCAGUUUAACUGGACUGUGCUGGUUUCCAGUGGACUGAACUGAAGAGAAAGAGAUUAUUUGGAAUUUGUGUUUGAAUUAAAUAUCUGAUUGAAUACUCACGUUAAUGGAUGGCAGGUCUUUAUGUGUAUUCUAUGAUGUUUUUAUAAAACUCAACAUGUCUGAAAUUAUGUUUAAACACAUCUGUAAACUACAUUUAACCUCCUAGACCUGGUGUUUUAUUUAGAAUGAUGAUUCUUCAUUGUGUGCCAUUUAAAAGUGCAAAGACUCAUGUUUUUAUAUGAUUCCUUCAUUUUGCAGGCAUUAAACCAAAAAUUAAAAGGAAA